AUGAUCCUGAUGGUGAUUGUUUUCUUGAUGCUUCUGUUCUGGGAAAAUGAGCUGAACGAGCACGAACCGUUGCUAACCUUGGAGCACUUGUACAUAGACUACCCCCCGGACGGCGCUGCGGGAAGGUACUGCAACCACCUGAUCCAGCAGAGACUCAUCAGGGAGCGAGACCACACCUGCAAGAGAAAACACGUCUUCAUCCACGAGAGGCCGCAGAAGAUCAACAGUGUCUGUCUGUCCACCAAGAAGGCGGCUUGCCUGAACCAGUCCAGCCUCAUCUGCUCCCAGAGUGAGACCAAGUUCAGACUAACCGUGUGUGAGCUCACUGCAGGCACCAGAUACCCUGCGUGCAGUUACCAGAGCUCAGCCACCCAGGGAUUCAUCCUUGUUGUCUGCGAUGAUUUGGGACCAGUGACUUUUGAGGGGUAUGUUGAGUAA